AUGACAGAAGCUGUUUUCAGAAAAUAUUUUAAAAACGCUGACGUCAUCUGGAACAAAGCUACCAACAACGAUCAAUUAGAGGACGAUUGUGAUUACUCAAGGAUUGAUAGAAGAGAAGAAAAUAUAAAACAAUGGAAAUCACGUAUCUUUCGUGACACUCUAAAGAUGUGCUCAGUUCAAGGAACAUCCAAAGAAUGCCAUGUUCACGUGGAUGAUGAUUUUAAAAACAAUCAACUUCCUUCAUCAUCCAAAGACACGAAUGAUAUGGAAAAUGUCAUUACGGAUGUCUUGAAAUCAUACAAUGCUAUACCUAUACGAGUUAAGAUACUAUGUGAUCGAUUGGUUAAGAGCAUGGAUAAUAACAAGUUCAAUGAUAUAUUAUCAGAUGCUGGAUGGAAUUAUGAAGAUUAUCAAAGAGGAUAUCAAGUACAAAACGACGACGGAUCACAACGUAUAUCUUGGAAUAUAGAGGACGAGUGGAGAGCCAUGGAUCGUUUCUCUACUUUUCCACUAUGUAAUCCAUUACUCAAUAAUCUAAGAGCAGGAUUUAUGAAUCCCUGGCUUCCAUUACACAUGCAAACGUCGUUGGCAUCAGUAGCCGGUCUACUUUCAGCGUCAACUUAUUCGGGUAUUGCUCCAUCCGUUUUGAACCAAAUGAUGGCAGGCACAUCAUCAAAUACUUUGCCGGUUUCAUCAACUUCCAAUUUCGGAAAUUUGAUGUCAAAAGCUAUGAGGAAAGGAAGUGUUGCUUCGAUCACUGAUAUGUCAGAAGAGGAUUCUGAAGAGAAAGUGAAUGUUGUAGAUUCCCCUUCUCCGGCUCCGACAGAAGCAAGCCAUGCUCAGUCUUUACCUUCUAAUGAGGACUCGUCAGUCGUAGAGUUGAAGGCUAAGAAACGCGUUUCGUGUGACUUGUGCAAGAAAUCAUUUUGUGAUAAGGGAGCAUUGAAAAUUCAUACAAGUGCCGUUCAUCUGAAGGAGAUGCACAUGUGUACCGUCCCAGGAUGUGGAAAGGAGUUCAGUAGCCGUCGGAGUCGGAAUCGGCAUGCUUCAAAUACAAACCCCAAGUUACACAUGCCGGAAGGAGGUCAAUCAGCCACAGCCCAAGCGGUUUUUCGUAACCAAUUAGGACCUCUUCGAAUGGCUGAUAUAUCUCCAAGCGCCAUGCUAUCAAAUGCGAUAUUAGUUAGCCAACAACAGAAACAGCAACUCAAAGAGAACGAUUCCAAAAUGGAAGAUAACAUAGAGUCUGAUCAAUGCAACAGUGAUUCAUCUCAUUGUGAAUCUCUGUUGGAACAUCGUGUUUCUCCUUCCUCUUCCAUACUUGGCAAACGACGAGGGGACCCCGCUGAUUUGAAGAAUCUUGACCUUACAUGGAGAAGAUCCGAUAAUCCGAUAGCCAACAAGCUGCUAUUCCCUACAACAGAUUUACAGUUGAUGUUGUUGCAACAGCUUGUUCAAGCUCAAAACUCUAAUGCGUUAAGCGGCAGAUUGAACAACGUUGCUUAG